CAGUACUCUUUACAACAUCUGACGAAAAAGCCUUCUGCUUCGCGAGUCUGCGAUCUUUGUCGCUAUCCGAUUCUUGUUUACAUUCGAAUAACCUAAUUGUGAUGUUUAUUACGAAAUAAUUGUUAAUCGAGAAUAAAAAAAAAUGAAUACCUCUCGUUACCUGUGCUCGCGAUUGAUUCGAUUGACCGGUGACAAAAAGCCGUUGUUGUCGAGUGCCUCCUCGCACGCUCUGCCGCGAUUAUCGGCCGCCCAGACGCAAAACAUCGUACGAACUGUCAUCGCGAGGCCCAAAGAGCUCGACCAGUUGAGAAAAAUCAACAAAAAUCGUCAGCAGGAUGGCAAAGACAAAUACAGCGACAAGUCCACAGACGACGAAGCUAUCACUCCACUGGGAUACUUUCUUCUUUCGAUACCAGUUAUAACUUUUGGACUAGGAACAUGGCAAGUGCGAAGAAGAGAGUGGAAGAUCAAAUUGAUAAAAGAUCUGGAAGAACGAUUAGCAAGAGAACCUGUCCCUUUGCCAGAAAAUUUGGAUGACUUGGAAAAACUUGAAUACUGUCCGAUCAAAGUAAGAGGACAAUUUUUGUAUGAUAAUGAAUUUGUUGUUGGACCCAGAAGUUUAUUAGUUAACGGAAAAGCUACUUCAGAAGGAAAAGGACAAUUGAUAUCAAGCUCUGGUGCAAACAGAGGGUACAAUGUGAUCACUCCAUUCAAAUUGGAAGAUAGAGACCUAGUAAUAUUGGUAAAUAGAGGAUGGUUACCAAAUAAAUAUAAACAUGCAGAAGAAAGAACAAAAUGUAGGAUGGAAGGAACGGUAGAAUUUACUGGUAUAAAUAGACUGAAUGAAGUACGACCACAAUUUGUUCCUAAAAAUGAACCUGAUAAAGGAAUGUGGCAUUAUAGGGAUGUUUAUCAAAUGGCUGAAUUUGCAAAGACAGAACCAAUUUACCUGGAUAUGGUGGAAAGUGAUCUUGAACCUAAUAUGCCUAUAGGAGGACAAACAAGAGUGAAUAUUCGAAAUGAACAUUUAAGUUAUAUAGCAACCUGGUAUGGAUUAUCUCUUAUUACUGGUUUUUAUUGUUAUAGAAUGUUUGUUUUGAAAAAACCUAUUAUGUAAAUCAAUGAAAAUGUAAUUUGUUGAAGAAUUUGUAUU